AUGGACAAGCUUGUAACCCGCUCCGCUUUCGGAAAGGGUACAGCGGAAAACUUGGGCAUGCUUUUAACUUGCCCGCCCUUGGAAAGGAUCGGUAGCUAUAUAAACAACGCCGAAGCAGGAUUCGAGAGCAGAGAAGAGACACAAAAAGACACACACAGACAGACAGAGAGAGGAGAACAGUUACGAGGUCGAGGAGGUUACAGCACUGGUGUUAGAAGUGGGAUCUUCAGGAGAUUACACACUGAUGACAGAACCACAAAGAUGUCAUUCCUAGCUCAAAAAAAAAGUCAAAAAUUGGUAAAUGUGAAAUUGAAAGAGAAGAAAAAAGGGGACAAGAAAAAACAUGAUAUAAACAAAUCCAUGAUGAUUACUAAAUCACCAAACAAAAUGGAAAAUGAUUUAGAAAAAUAA